AUGUUCAUUGAGCGAGACCGUCAUUCAAAAGCAGAUCGCAUUGACGCUAAAUUGCGGGGUUAUGAGGACCACGCGACAGCCUCAUUCACCAGGAAGAAGCUCGUGAUUAAAUGUUCAAAGGGUGAUCUAAAACCUCUCAAGUUCCUGAUAAGGAAGUGGAGACGAAGCAGAGGACGCGGAGGAAGACGCGAAAUCUCUUUUUUAACCAAACCCAAGACCAUAUUUGGAAUCAUUCUACCAUUCCUGUAUUUUCUCUUACCGCAAAGACCCCUUAAUCACCAUUAUUCGUGCCACCGCUAUUCGUGCGAGAUUAUAAAAAAACGAAUUUUCAAGGGGUCCUCAAUUAUUGUGAUACUCAGGUUGAUUAAGCAAGCGCGUUUUAAGGAUCCCGAGGAAAAGAUUCACAUCAUGCCGUCGACGCUUCUGGCGAUAAUGACGGAUAUGAAAAUAAGACGCAGAAUCCUAAAAUAUUUCCAUUAUCCUUGA